AUGAGUUGGACAUCCAACCGGCUAGGCCUCAUUAUGGAGAUCGAUGAAGCAUCAAGGGCAGUGAACUUGAAUCUGGGUGGUGACGAGGUGCCCGGCCACGGCAACGGCGGCUUGCUCUGGUGCGGCGAAGUGGCGAACGGCGGCGCGCCACGCUGGGUGCCCGCGCCAAAAGCUUCGGUGAUUAUUUUCCGCAUCAGCAAUCACUCCUGGCACGCAGUGAGUCCUGGACGUCGCGAACCCACAGGCGUGCGGCUUACUCUGCAAAUUGUUUACGCUGGCAAAGUGGCCCGGGCAGGCGCCCCAAGAGCCAUGGGUUAUGAUCUGGGACAAAGACUUCCUGAGAUCUUCGAAGGAGAAAGUCCCGAACUCCCGCCGACUCCGAGUGCGUCGAGUUGGGAGGACCAGAAGUGCCAUGAUAUGCUGCCAACGAAAGACCACAACUGCGAGUUGAUGUUCCUCAGCGCACGCUCAAGCCUGGACGGGUGUAGCAAGGAUGCCCUUUGGCAAAGUGCUUGUUGUGGAAGUUGUCAGAAUUUGUGGGCGCAGCGUGCAGCGCUGUUGCAGAACUUGCGGCCGAUUCAGGACGAGAUUGCAGGCUUCCUGGCCGUGGCCAACAAAGACUUCUCCAGGCGCUUGUCUUCCGGGCAGUGGAUGCCUUUGUUGGCCUUCGGCACGGGAGGUUUGUCGGGACAACGCGCCAGUGACGUCAUCUCUUACGCCCUGAAGACCGGCUACCGUCACCUCGAUUCGGCCGCUUCGUAUCCCAGCUUUCCGGAUGCCUUGCUUUCGGGCUUCCUCCACAGCGCUGUCCCACGAGAGGAGGUCUUCAUCUCCACCAAAGUGCCCACCAGCGCCAUGGGAUUCGAUGCCACGAAGAGAUUGUUGGAACGGAUGAAAGAUGAACUGCUAGGGAACUAUGCCGAUCUGUGCAUGGUGCACUGGCCCCAGUCGGCGGUGGCGCCACCUGAGAACGUGGAUCCCAAGUGGUGGCUCACCUUGGAACGCGCUGGCACCUGGCAGGCGCUGGAAGCAGCCUAUGACAGGGGGAUUUGUAGGUCCUUGGGGGUCAGCAACUAUUUGAAAAAACAUCUGGAGGAGCUCUGGAAAUACGCGCGAGUGAAACCAUCUGUGAACCAGCUGGAGUACACCCCCAUGGCCCCUCUUCAAGAUGUUUUAGCCUUCUGCGACCAGCAUGAUGUGGCCAUCUCGGCCUUUGCUUGGAAUCGACCUCAUGUGUUGAACCAAGAGGAGUUGCACGACUUGGCCAGAAGUUUGCUACCGGAGAAAGACUUAUCUCGUGAACUGGUGAUGAAGGUCUUGAUGCGUUGGUUCAUGGCGCAGGGCAUGGCUCCCCUGUUCCGCAGCAGUCGCGAGGAAGUGAUCCUCGACAUGGCCUUGGGCUUGAGAGACAUUCCAAAGCUCAGCCAGGGCGCAAUCGAUUCCCUCCGUAAGCCCAUUAGUAAGUAUCCUUGGGAGUACUAUGAUGGGGAGCGGCCUUGGAAUGCAGCUGUGAUUGCGUCAGUGGAAUAACAAAACUGCGGCCGCCUGCACCGAGGGACAGGGGGGCGGACUGCACGGAACAUGGG